AUGGACUCGGAUGUCUGGGCGUGUCAAGUGAAGCUCACUACCGACCUGGGUGACCCAAGGCGGGACCAAGAUGUCAUCAACUACACCGAGCUCGUAGACAUUCUCGCCAACAACUCGCGCGUUCGCAUGCUAUCCGCCCCGCCGCAUUCGUGGGUGAACGGCGAGCCCUGGAAGCCGAAUCUCCAAGCCACUAUCCUUACCAUUUUCAAAGUGGACGAGAUCAAAGAUGGAUGGCCGUAUGGGACAGAUACGUACGGUGCCGUGGCUGUGGAUGUUCUUUGGGGCUACCAGUGGGAAGUUGCUUUUUGGGAGAAGUUUGCUAACAUGGUGAAUGGAUUGCCGCAGGUCAAACUAUUGCGCGCCUCGAUACCAGUUACGGUGACGCGACUUCCCCAGUUGUCCUUGUUGAAGGUUCCGUGUUUCAAGGUCUACUAUGAGCAGCCCAUUGCUUUACUGGCCAAUAUUAUGCCUCACAAGCAUCAAUGCCCUUUGCUGGCCGUCAACUUCUUCCGUCAGAUGAUUUCGGAAUGGCUGCUGGGCGAGCGCGAGAUCGACCGCAUUCUGUUUCUCUGCACCAGUGCCAAAAGGACAGAGCCUUUUAAUAUUAAGGAGUUGCUCGUUCUUGUGGCGGGUUUGGCUGAGGGGUUGCCGGGCUGCUUCAAGAUUUGCGCCAGCACCUGGCUGAUUCGGCGCACCGAGACGAGCCGUGAUGGGCUCGUGAUCAGCCUCCAGCCUCAGGUCUUCAUGCUGUGCCGCUGUGACUAUUGGGAGCGACGGGAGCGUACUUUUGAGGACAGUCUACAACAUUCCCAAGCCUUCGCCGCGCUCCUAGAAGCACACCAGCGCAUGAAAGCAAACGGACUUAGUGCUGAGGAUACUCGAAUCAAAAAGACGAUUUUCGAAAAGGACGCCCGCGCGUACCUUAAAGCAUACGGUGCUUUGCCGCGCCGCGUUGUCCUCUGCGAUUUUGCCAUCUGCGCUUCGCUGUGCUUCGACUAUGAUUGGAUCUGGUCCAACGAAAAGCAGGAAUUCUGGUCUAUCGCAUUCGAAUGGUUCGUCCACUCCACCGAGCCACAGACCUUCUUUCCCACCCUGUUUCUUCGCAUGACGGGAUGGUUAUAUACGGUAUUUGGCAUCGGUGCCAUCCGGACAUUUAGCUACCCACAGUACAGCUUUGUGCUCGACCACGAUGAGUUUUUCGCGGGAGAUGCUUCAGGGAUUUAUCCCCUCACCGGGUUGACGCUGCAAAUGAAUGCAUGUGCCAUUGGAUUCUUGCUUAUAUUGCAGGGGAAUUGCGUUGCAGGCUUUCUGGUGGUGCACGCCUUCUGGAUGCUGAAUGGUCAUGUUCGGAUUAGCCCACAAACACGGCGACUUCAGAAAAAGCUCAUGACCGCGCUGAUUUUACAGUUGGCCAUCCCCUACUUGACGCUUCUAUGCCCAUGGGGAUUUUAUGCCUUGGUCCAGAUCACCGACUGGAUCAUUAACCCAGCGUACCUCAACUUCGCGAUGUGGUGCAACGCCUGCCAUGCGACAGUCUCGUCUAUCUCAGUCCUUUCCUUUACGGAUCCCUAUUGGAAAUAUGUCAUUAGUCUCUUUGGAUGUGAAAAAAAGCUAUCCACCGCCGUGGCGUUGCGACUACCCGAUCCGAACACAGCAAAAGGACUUCAGAGCCGAAUACGACUGCACUCGAGAACCACGAAUUCCAGUGUU